UGCAGAGCGGCUGGGGCGGCGGCGCGGCUCCCGGUGCGGCCCCCGGCGCCCGCCCCGCGGCGGUGAGCGCCCGGCCCCGGAGGCGCCCGAGCCAUGGGCUGCAUCGGCUCCCGGACCGUGGGGAAUGAGGUGAUUGCAGUGGACUGGAAGGGCCUGAAGGAUGUCGACCAGAUCCCCAUGGACAGCACCAGCUCGCUGCAUGGGAGCAGCCUCCACCGGCCCUCCACCGAGCAAACCCGAACUGAUUUCUCCUGGGAUGGCAUCAAUCUCUCCAUGGAGGACACCACUUCUAUUCUUCCGAAGCUUAAGAGAAACUCUAACGCCUAUGGCAUCGGGGCCCUGGCCAAGUCAUCCUUCUCAGGGAUUUCUCGCAGCAUGAAGGACCAUGUGACGAAGCCCACAGCCAUGGGUCAAGGCCGGGUGGCCCACAUGAUUGAGUGGCAGGGCUGGGGGAAGGCACCAGCCAUUCAGCCGCAACACAGCCAUGAGGCGGUGCGCAGAGAUACGGACGCCUACUCCGACCUCAGCGAUGGCGAGAAGGAGGCACGUUUCCUGGCAGGUGUCAUGGAACAGUUUGCCAUCUCCGAGGCCACACUCAUGGCCUGGUCUUCUAUGGAUGGUGAGGACAUGAGUGUCAACUCGGCCCAGGAGCCCCUGGGCUGCAACUACAGUGACAACUACCAGGAGCUGAUGGAGAGUCAAGAUGCCCUUGCUCAAGCGCCCAUGGACGGAUGGCCUCACUCUUACGUGUCCCAGGGCAUGUACUGUCUGGGGUCAUCGGAUGCCUGGGAAGCCAGCGACCAGUCCCUCAUUGCCUCUCCGGCUACAGGAUCCUAUCUUGGUCCUGCAUUUGAUGACUCACAGCCUAGCUUGCACGAAAUGGGGCCUUCCCAACUUGCUUCCGGAUACUCUGCACAGGAGCCUCCACCUUUGCUGGGGUCAGACACUGACUGGGCUCCGGGGGUGGGUGGAGUGGACCUGGCAAGGGGCCCUGCUGAGGAGGAGAAGAGGCCGUUGGCCCCUGAGGAGGAAGAGGACGCAGGAUGCCGGGACCUGGAGUCCCUUUCCCCACGAGAAGACCCUGAGAUGUCGACUGUUCUCAGCAGGAAGGUGUCUGAUGUCACAUCCUCAGGUGUGCAAUCCUUUGAUGAGGAGGAGGGUGAGGCUAACAACUAGCUUCCUCCCACUCGGCACCCAGCCUUCCACUCCCACCUGAGGGGCAUGGCUGCAACAACACCCUCCCUCCCCCAGCAGUACAGCUGAGACCCGGGCAGAAGACCGCGAGGGACCCAGGAGCUGCCAGUCCUCACCAGGAGAACGGGGGCCUGUGGGAUUUUAUCCAGGCUUGUGCUGCAGGAAGCACGGGCCGGGAACCAAGGCCCAGGCCAGCAGAUGGCUGUGCGCGGGCUUAGGCGCCGGCCUCUGGGCCCGCGCUGGUGGAGCGCGGCGGGGCUCCCAGGACGCGCGGGAGCCGGGAGCCGGAGCAGCUGUGGCCGUCGACUGGACCCCGGCUCUGCACUCUGACUCGUCUCCGGGAGCCUCGGCCGUGGCUGCGGGAAGGCCGCCUUUCUCCGCGUUUCUCCUGCUUUUCCCGACUCCGUGUUUUCUCCGGCCGUGGCCCCAGCUCAUCCCGGCUCUGAGGAACAGACCUCGGGGGCUGUUGGUACGGCUCGACGGGCACAGGGGAGCCACCUCACGUCGCGUGUCCUUAGAGGGCGGAGAGUCUGCCCUCAGCGAAAAAUCGGCUUCUGACAUCAGGAGUCAUGGGGGAGGUGGACGUGGCAGCUGGGACGCCCAAGGACGCAGCCGUGAGUCUUCCUGUCAAGGCCUGCCCCGAGACCAGAAGGUCACUGAGGACACCAGAAGGUCACUGAGGACAACCAGAACGGCCGCUGUUCCAGGAUCGCGCUUCCCGUAGCUGGAAGGGGGAUCCGAGGGUCCUGGGAAGGCCCAGCCGGGGCUCGGGGCUCGCUGCUCCAGCUCUUGCUCCCCUCUUCUGCCUUCGUCUCCUGCCCCGAGGGGGUGACACAGGAUGCAUGUGUCCUGGCCAAAAGGGGAAGCAUGAGGGCUGUGUCUCCCUCCAUCCACCCUCUAAUUCUCUGGAGCUGUUUACACUUUUCUCUUUGCCUUUUCUACAUUUUUAUAACUUCUUGGGGACUCAGGGUUGAGUGGGGUGGAGGGAGGAGUCCGGUGCUGUCAGGCCCCGGCCAGGGGGGGGCUGUUCGCUGAGGAGCGGUGUGGGUGCGCGGCUCCUUUGCCCCUUCUUCAGCUCCUCCCAGGACUCCAAAAAGGGCCCCCCCGCAGGUGUCCCCUCCCUCCCGGGCCUGCUGUGGGGAAAGAGGAGAGUCGAGGAUCCUUCCUUCCAGGCCGGGUGACAGUGAGGCACAGGCCCCUGAAUUGGCUCGUCCUCCCACACCUGGCUCCGGCUCCGCUCCGCUCUGCUCCGCUGUGCUGAGGGCCGCCGCGGCACUUCUGAGAGAUCCUGACAGCAGGGCCGGGGAGAGCCAGGACGCCACAGCUGUGGAGCUGGCUGGCACACUGCCCCGCCCCGCUGCGGUGGCACAGGGAGACUGGGUAGGAGAGAAGCUGAGAGCUGCAUCGUCGCCUUCCCUCUUUCCUCGUGCCUAACUAAGGCUCCAGCUCCAAGGCCUUGUGUCCUGCCCACGCUUCGUCAGGGGUCCUGCCACUUUACCCUCUGCCAGGAGGGGAGCACCUGUCACCCCUUCCCAGACCCUGGGCAGAACUGUCCCCUCCCCACCCCACCAGACUUCUGUUUCCCGGGAAUGAGGAGGUUGAGAGGUGGGGAGUUACUGUCCCCCUAUGCCCCCAACCUCAAAGACUUCACACUUUCAUCCCCACGUGCUCCUACAAUGCAGCCGAGGCCAGGGGCCCGUGUCCCCCAGGGGAGGGGGACAAGGGCUUUCCUGGGGUGGGACUUUGGAGGACCCAGGAGUGGGCAUGGUGCGUGUGGGGAGGUCAAGUCACCUUGUCCACAGCUGUCUCAACGGAAGACCUCGCUUUGUGUUUGGUCACGUGAUGGGGUUCAGGAGGCUGCAGGACCUGGCAGCUAGCAGCUGGGGUGGGGUGGGGAGGUGGCCGGGCGGGGGGUGCCCUAGGGCCGUGGCCUGGCCGCCUGCCGUGCCCUCACUGGCUGCUGGCCCUCCUGCCGUGGGUCCUCUGGGUUUUGCAUGCUCAUGGUCCCCUCUUGCCACGGGUCCCCGUUCCUUCGCCCUGUGCCACCUGCUGUCUCAGUGUACCAUCUUCUUUCUCUGCGUCUCAUCCCCUCCGUGCCUACGUUCUGCCCCCAGACCACGGCGGACGUCCAAUCCAGCAGGUUCAUUCAUUACAGUUCCUUUUUGCUCAGGGCCUGUGGAGUUGAGAAAGGUGGACCAAAGCAGCGUUCUUGCCCCCUCCCUCCCUUCCCCGAGGAAGCCAAAUGGUCCCUGCAGCAGUGGCUGAAGCUGUGAGGGAGUCUAGCCGACUUUACACGUGGAGGGGGCUCGCCGACCUCACGUCAGGUGGGGCCUGCGUUUUCUGCUCUGAAGAGGGAGAAGAGCCGAGGAGCUGGCCUGGGACCCUCUUAGGACUCUUCUGCGGGGAGGAACUGCCUCUCUGGUGCUGGGGGCAGGGUGCAUGGGGUU